CCUGAUCUUCUAUGUUUAUUUAUGAUACCACACAACACUUUCAACCGAUCAGUUCAUCGCACUUCGACAUACAAUACUUCGACAUUGUUUUGGUACCUGCGAUACAAAAUCGACACCCUCACUAUACAUCAUGCCUCCAAUUCCACAUAAUCUUCAAAACCGUGAGCCGGUCCAGGUCGAGACCGGCCCCGGCGCCAAAUCGCCACCAAACGGCACGGGUGUGCAUCGCAGAUCGUCCAUACGAAGCACAUCGACCUCACUGAGCCGCAACUCGAGUUCUAAUUUUAUAUCACGCACAUACAGUCGCGGUAGUAGCAGCAGUCUGAAUAAGAUCGCAUUAGACGCACAAGUGCGCUAUGCAAGUGUGAACGGCCACACAGCUGCAUCGUACGUGGCCUAUGCUGUGUCGGAUAUCAACUUCGUAUACCCAUCUGCGCCAUCCGCUUACUUGGGGUCAGAUGUCGAUGAAUGGCACGCGAGUGAUGUCAAAAAUGCUUACGGUCAUACCGGAAAGCACUCCAAACUUCAGGUGAAGGCUGGUGCUGGUUUGGUCCUCCACGGUGCUCUAUCUGUGGGAGAGCUCGGUACAGUCUAUGCCGCAUCCGACGCUAUUAAAUUUAUGCUACCAACCAUACAUUACUUAGCAAACAGUCAGCUAUCAAGCGUGAUGCAUUUUGAUACAAAAUCACUCGGCGACGACCUGACUGUUAACGUGAACCACACACAAAUCAUGUUGGCUCGCAAUACCGGAGCUGUUAUCUUGAGUUCGCACUCGGUGCAGGAAACCCACGAUAUCGCACUAAUUGCACACAUCCUUACCCUACGUGGUAAAGUGCCAGUAAUGCACAUGAUAGACGGAUCCAACACAGCACGGGAGACGUCACGUGCACGCCUGUUGCAGUACGGCGAGAUCAACUCACUAAUGAACAAAUAUGGCGAUCUCGAGAGACACCGCGAGCAGUCCAACUCUGCACGCCACCAGCCUGUGACGGGCUCAACCCAUAACUCGUCCGAGACUACCGCACAGAUCGCCGAGGAUGUUAUGCGUGAGGUAUCAGAUGCCUUGGGUGUGCGCUACGCACCCUUCGAGUACGUAGGGGCCCGUGACGCCGAAGUCGUGGUGGUGGUAAUGGGCUACCCCGCCCAGGUCUUCUCCGAAACAAGUCGUCUGUUGUGCAGUGUAGGUCGCCCUGUGGGUGUGCUUAAGAUCCGUAUGUACCGCCCCUGGUCCGCCCGGCACUUCGUGUCCGCGCUACCCGUAUCCGCCAAGCGGCUGGUGGUUAUGGACUUCACAUCACCCCAGGCAUCAGUGCACGUACCUGGUGCUCUGUUCUUGGAUGUUUUGGCUACCGUGGAAUCCCAGAUCUACGGCACUAAGAAACCUCAGGUGUUGCAAGGCAAGGCCUCUGUGGCAACAUUCACACCGGCGAUGGCCAAGGCCGUCUUUGACUUUGCGGCACACCAAACACGUACAUCGUUCACUAUUGGACACGAAGGUGCGUCAGCGUACGAGCUAGAAAUUGAAGGGGAUGUAUCGGCUGUGCCCGAGAAUGUGAGUCAGGUGCUGGUAUGGCAAAAGGAGAGCGACAACCUGCUCGAACCCAUGAACAACCUGCUCUCCACGCUAUGUGACGGCUCCGACACAUUCGUACAAAGCAACACAUUCUACGAUGCGUACAAGCAUGGUGGGGUAUCCACCUCUCACAUCCGCUUGGGUCCCUCACCAAUCAACGCCCCUUAUCCUAUCGGCGAGGCUAACCUUGCGAUCGUGUCGAGCUCAUCCCUGCUAGAAGCGUACGAUGUAGUGGCUUCGUUGCGAACGGGAGGUGUACUUUUAAUUAACGCCAGCGUCGAGAGUGUCGACGAGAAGAGCGACGAGCUUCCUACGCUUUUCAAGCAGGAGGUUCUGAACAAGGAAAUUUCAGUAUAUACCAUCGAUUUUGAAAAGAUAGUGCGAGAGAGCGGAUUAGAGCACGAACAUGAGGCCACGGCUAUGGCAGUUGCUCUGAUUACUUCAAUUGUUCGUUUGGCUGGGCUUGCUUCUUUCGAGGCCACCCUUGUUGAUCUUCGCACUUGUCUGGAUGAGAAGGCAAUCGACAGUGAAGUGUUCGAACGCCAAAUACAGAUUCUGGAACAGGUGAUCGAGAGCGGACUAGUGUUGCAAAAGAUUCCGGAAAGUUGGGGAGAGGUACCUUUGCCUCUUGAGAUCAAAGAGGGCGAAGAUGUACCCGAGGUUCUGGCUUUACCUACCGCGGUAGCCGGCAAUUUGCUACCCAGCACUGGAUACAAGUACGAGGAGCCGAAAACUCAUGUGCACUCGAAGUCUCACCACGCAGCAUGGAUGGGUAUGUUCUCUGAGGCCUAUCAGACCAGGGAAGCACUCCGCCCCUCAGAGCACACAUCGUAUGUGGUCACGUGUACCGAGAACCGACGCCUGACACCCGACGACUACGAGAGGAAUGUCUUCCAUAUGGAGAUGGACAUUACUGGCACUGGUUUGGUGUACAAUAUUGGAGAUGCACUUGGUGUUUGGGGAUCCAAUGGAGAUGACGAAGUGAAUGAUUUCCUACAGUUCUAUGGUCUGAACGGUGAUGAUGUUGUCGGCGCUGCUCGAGCUCCGUCCGGUCACCAUGCUGAUGAGGCAAUCGCGAACGCCAACGUGGAGUACAGAACUAUUACGCACUGGCUGCAACAAGUGACUGACCUAUUCGGCCGACCUGGUAAAGGAUUUUAUGAAGCCUUAGCUGAAUACGCUGAAGAUCCGGAUGAAAAGGCGGAAUUACUGCGACUAAUUGGAGACACGGGCAAACCUGAUUUCAAGAAGAGGGUGGAGGAGACGGUUACAUACGCUGAUGUAUUGAGGGAGUUCCCCAGUGCGCACCCCUCAGUGGAGGAUUUGAUCAAGCUCAUUGCACCCAUCAAACCAAGGCACUAUUCUAUUGCUUCGUCGCAGCGCAUGCACGCAAACUCAGUGCACUUACUGGUCGUGGUACACGACUGGCAGACACCCGCAGGCAGACAUCGUAUCGGUCAGUGCACGCGCUACCUGGUGGGUGUACGCCCUGGAACCAAGAUGACCGUGUGUGUAAAGCCGUCGGUGAUGAUCUUACCGCCCAGGCAGACACAAGCAUGUAUCAUGUCCGGCUUGGGAACGGGUAUGGCACCCUUCCGCGCGUUUAUACAGGAGCGUGCGUGUGCUAAGCUAGCUGGAGAAGAGGUUGGUCCUAUGAUCUUGUACUUCGGGUCACGUUCAAGGGGACAGGAGUACCUGUACGGAGAGGAGUUAGAGGCUUACCAUGCGGAUGGUCUGCUCAGCGGCCUUCGUCUGGCGUUCUCGCGAGAUCAACCCCAUAAGAUAUAUAUUCAGCACAAGAUGAUGGAGGACAAGGAAUACCUCAACGAAUACCUUAACAACAGCGACGGACACUUCUAUCUGUGCGGCCCUACAUGGCCUGCGGGCGAUGUUCGUGAUGCUAUUGUUGGCAGUUUCGUGGAAGCCGGUGGUCUGAGUGAGGCCGCGGCGACCAUGACCCUACAGAAACUUAAGGAUGAUGAGAGAUAUAUCCUCGAGGUGUAUUAAAUAUAGUGAUAAAAAACUCAUGAAAAGAAAUAAAUUCAAAUUGAAAG